AUGUCGUCGCGCUUCGCUCAUGGCUCUUUUCCUCUCCACAGCUGGCAGAAAGGGCUGGACUUCUCCUCCUGUGGCCAGUGGGAGGAAGCCAUCACCUGCUAUUCGAAAGCCAUCAACCUGGAUCCGCAGAGGGCAGAGCUGUAUGAGCAGCAGGCAGAGGCCUUCCUCCAGCUCUGUGACUUCCAGUCAGCCAUGCUGAACUUCAGGAAGGUGCUCACGUCAGCCACCACUCCCCUUCCUCUGUCCGCAGCCCUGGCCUGUGGCCAGGCUGGCAGGGCUUCCCUGCAAGGCCGAUGUCUGCUCGACCAGGAGCUCUACUGCGAGGCCCUGGAGGCCUUCACACGGGCAGCCGAGCUGCAGCCUCACCGCAGGGUGUUUCACCAGAGGAGCAUCGUGUGUCUUGCGGCUCUCAACAAGUUCCCAGAAUGUCUUCAAAUGCUCAACAGAGACCUGGAGGAGGAUGCGAGGAACCCUGAUCUGUAUGUGCUCUGUGCCUCCUUCUACGAAUGCUUUGGGCAGGAUAUCCCAUGGGCCCUGGAGCUGCAGCACGGAGCUGCCCAGGCCCUGAGGUGGAGGCUGCUGAGACGAGGCCAGGAGGCCAAGGCUGAGGUGGUGUCCAAGGUCCUGUGCGGGAACCUGCGUGGGGCCCUGCUCAAGAUCAGCUUCGCCAUCGAGAGUGACCCCUCAGCUGCUGAAUUCUUCACCCUCAGCCUGCAAGGACUUAGCCAGGGCGAGGGAGCUGGGGGCCAGGGGGACCCGGAGGCCCAGGAGGCUUGGUGGCAGCUGGCAGUCGCCUACAAUGACUGUGCCGUGCACUGCUACGCCCUGAGCUGAUUCGAUGAGGCUGUGAUGCUCCUUGGCGAGGCUCUGCGGGACGAGAGGCGGGAGAAGGGGCUCUGUGUAAACAGAGGGGACUGCUUCCUUCGCCUGGGGGAGCUGGCCUGUGCACUUGCAGAUUACCAGCAGGUGCUGGAGCUGAGCCUGGGGGACUGCGUUGUGCGGAGACGGGUUGCGGCAGCACUGCACGAGCAGGGCCAGCAGGACUUGGUGGCAAGGCAGUACCGGCAGGCAGAAGCUUGCUUCUCUGUGGCCGUUGAGCACGACCCCCAGAAACUGCUGUACUACCUGUGCCGGGCCAGGGCCUGCCUGUGACCGAGGAGGGUGGAGAGCAUGAAGGAGGAUGCCGCCCUAGGUCUGUGGCCCGACCCCACGGAUGGCAAGGUCCCCCGUCGUAAGUGACACUCCCCAGAAGCUGAACGGACGCUGGCCCAGCCAAAACCUGCAAGGUCUGACCAGCAGAAGGAUGUACAAG